AUGGCCGACGCACCGCCCCCGCAGCCCCCCGCCGGGGAGCCCGUGCCGCUCUCGGAGCCGGACGUGGCCCCCCCGGCCGCGGACGGGCAGCAGCCGAAGAAGAGCCCAAUCGGGUUCCUGCGCUCGGCGUCGGCGAAGAUCGGCGCGAAGGUCGCCGAGGGCGUGCAGAAGGCCAAGACGAACAUCUCGGACGAGACGUUUUGGCAGACGAAGAAGGAGUGGGUGGGCAGCACGUACAACAAGGCGCGCACGGGCAUCAGCACGUCCAUCCAGAAUAUACGGAGCAAACUGCAGAAGGAGAACACGACCACGCUGGCGGAGCGCGAGCACAAGACACGCCCCGUCCUCCGCGUGGUCCUCAUAUGCUGCACUGCCCUCGUCUCUCGGGACCCUGCGACCUUCCAGGGGGCCCUGACCGCGCAGCCGGACGAGGAGCAGGCCUCCUACCUCCUCGCGCACCUGCUCGACUCCUCCGGCACCGUCCUGAUCCCCGGCACCACCGCGCCCAUCGUCAUCUUUGCUGCACUCAAGGGCUACCUCCAGGGGCUCCAGGACCCCGUGUUGACGUUCGACCUGUACCCGCUGUGGAUCGGCCUCGCGGCCGCGCCGCACCAGGCGGUGGACCUCCUCCCGCGGCUCCCGAAGACCUCCCUGCACACCCUGGAGGUGCUGCUGGACAUGGGGGCGCGGCUCAUCGCGAGCGAGGCGUGCACGGCGGCGGAGCUCGCGGAGUUCCUCGCGCCCGUGCUGCUGUGGCAGCCGCCGACGCUGGCGGCGGAGGCGGACAAGGAGGUGGCGGGGCGGGUGCUCCCUGAGUCGCACGCAAGGGGGGUGUCCGAGGGGCUGAAGUUCAUGCUCGAGAACUUCCAGAUCCCCGUGUGA